AUGCGUGUCGCUGCCGGCCUCACGCUCAUCGCGGUGGUGCUCCCUGCAAUCGAUGCCUUCCCGCACAUGGCGCGCAGCCAUGGCCACGCCGAACGAGCCGCCGCGGUGGAGUGGGACGGAGUUCUCGAUCUGUUCAACCCGACCAAGAUCAUCGACAACGUGCAGACGAUUGCUGAGCAGUUCAAGCUGCCGGACCUCGACCUGCCGAAGCUCGAAGGGAUCGAUCUCUCUAAGCUUGGCCACCUGGGGCAGGACUUUGACCUGAACAAGAUCUUCAAGGACGGUUUGGACAUCACGAAGGUUGACCAGGGCAAGCUGAAGGAGGACCUCGAAAAGCUCGAUGUCUUCAUGAUCGGGGACAAGUUCGAUCUCUCCAAGAUCGGUGAUUUCUCAGGGCUGCACCUCGGUGAUAACGUCGAUGUCUCUGGCGUAAAGGCUGGUGUCGCCACGCUCGCUGGUGGCAACGUCUCCGCUGGUCUGGGGCAGAUAGCUCAGUCCUCAGGCGGUAACGUAGCAAACGGUCUGCAGCAACUCACGCAGCAAACUGGCUCUUUCCUGCAGCAGCUGGCUGGCGAGUUCAAGACCUUCAACCCAUUCACCAUGGGCGUCUUCACGCUCCAGCUGCUAGCGGCCCAGACCAAGGUCCGUUCUGAUGCGAAGAAGAACCCCAAGUUCACCGACUUCCCCAAGCCUCAGCUGCUGAACACGUGGCAAAACGAGCUCACCAAGGAUAUGAUCUACGAUGCGUACAGCUUGCAUCGCCCCGACGACGAGGAUGCAUGGUGGGGCGGCGGCGAGGAUGCCGACCACCCUUAUCAGGCCCCUGGACCCGAUGACCAGCGCGGUCCGUGCCCUGGACUGAACACGCUCGCGAACCACGGUUACCUGCCCCGAAAUGGUCUUGUUACUCCGUAUGAACUCAUGCGGGGCGUAUGGGAGGGCUACUCCAUGUCGCCCGAGCUUGCCUCUCUCCUUGUUUUUUCAGCCUUCGUCAUGAAGGGCAACCUUUGGACGCAGAAGCUGUCCCUCGGUGGUGGGACCCUGCUGUCCCCUGGUGGCGUCGGUAUCUCCGACCACGGUUUCCUCGAGGGAGACGCCUCGGUCACGCGCGGGGACAAGGUCGUCGGCGAUCAGGUGCACCUGAAUGCGACCCGCUUGGAGAAGUUCAAAGCUGAAAUCGCCCAGUUCGGGGACAACGGCGACAUCACGCCCGAGGUCUGUGCUGCCUCGCGCGAGCGUGCAUACCGUGACUCGCGCGCCGAGAACCCCUCCUUCGACUUCAACCCCCUUCGCAUGCUUGUCGCGUACGCCGAGUCGGGCUUCGCGAUGGAGGUCUUCCGCGGCGCGCACAAGCGGUGCACGGCCGACACGAUCGACUGGUUCUUCGCCAAGGAGCGUUUCCCGCCCGGUUGGAAGCGGCGCAACAUCCCCCUCACGAGCGGAGAGAUGCUUGCCUGGGGCAUGCUGUUCAACAAGAUCCGCCCCGUCCAGUCCGGAUACAACGUCGGCGGCGCCUUCGUCCCCAUCCCGUCUAUUCCCGGAUGGACCAACUUCCUCUCGGCCGGCACUGUCAAGAUGAACGCGUGCAGUCUCGCAUCCAUGUUCAUCACUCUGCUCCCUACCGGUGUCAUCUCGUUCGCGCUUGGCAACGGUAUUGGGCCAGUCAUGCAAGGCCUUACUUGCUGGUAA